GAAUUUUCCGUCCAUUUCACUCCGUCACCGCUACCAACCUUUUUAACUGGGACAACAUGGCUACGGCAGGCCGUUAUUACGAAGGCGGCAGAGCAACGAAAAGACUAAAAACAGACGACGGAAUGGCAACGGAGGGCUACAACGACCCACAUAAGACACUUCCCUCUCCAGUUGUGCAUGUGAGGGGCUUGGUGGACGGCAUUACGGAAGCUGACCUUGUGGAGGCCCUGCAAGAGUUUGGGGCCAUUAGCUAUGUGGUGGUUAUGCCCAAGAAGCGCCAGGCCUUGGUUGAGUAUGAAGAUAUGAACGGGUCGUGUACUGCUGUGACGUACGCGAACGACAACCAGAUAUACAUUGCUGGGCACCCAGCUUUUGUGAACUACUCAACGAGCCAGAAGAUCUCCCGGCCAGGCGACCCCGAUGAUUCUCGAAGUGUCAACAAUGUGCUUCUGCUUACCAUCAUGAACCCAAUCUACCCCAUAACUACGGAUGUGCUGUACACUGUCUGCAAUAAUUGUGGCCCUGUCCAAAGGAUUGUCAUCUUUCGGAAGAAUGGCGUCCAGGCCAUGGUGGAAUUUGACUCAGUGCAGAGUGCACAGAGGGCCAAGGCAUCCCUCAAUGGGGCUGAUAUCUACUCUGGAUGCUGCACACUCAAGAUUGAGUAUGCCAAGCCAACCCGCCUCAAUGUAUUCAAGAAUGACCAGGACACUUGGGAUUACACCAACCCCAACCUGAGUGGUCAAGAUGCAGAUGCUGAUGGCAAUGGGAGCAAUGCUGGAGAAGAUGGGAGUGCCAACCCCAACAAGCGUGCGAGAGCGCCGGCUCUGCUGGGAGACCACCCUCCAGAGUACGCUGGUGGUUAUCAUGGAUACGACGAGAGUGGCUACGGGCCCCCGCCACCCCCACACUAUGGUGAGGGCCGGCGAAUGGGUCCUCCAAUGAGGGGGCGAGGGGCAGCGCGCAGCUAUGGCGGGGGCCCGGGUUACGGGCCUCCCCCUCCACCCCCUGGGGAGUACAGCGCCCAUGCCGACUCCCCUGUUGUCAUGGUGUACGGCCUGGAGCCCACCAAGAUGAACGCUGACCGAGUAUUCAACGUCUUCUGUCUCUAUGGAAACGUUGAGCGGGUGAAGUUCAUGAAGAGUAAGCCAGGGGCAGCCAUGGUGGAGAUGGGAGACUGUUACGCUGUGGACCGGGCCAUCACCCACCUCAACAACAACUUCCUGUUUGGACAGAAACUCAACGUCUGUGUUUCCAAACAGCAGGCUAUCAUGCCUGGUCAGUCUUAUGAGCUGGAGGAUGGAACCAGCAGCUUUAAGGACUUCCAUGGCUCUCGCAACAACCGCUUUACUUCUCCAGAGCAGGCUGCAAAAAACCGAAUUCAGCAUCCAAGCAACGUCCUGCACUUCUUCAAUGCACAGCCAGAUGCCUCCGUAGAGAUCUUCUCUCAGAUCUGUGAAGAGGUUGGUGUUAAAGCCCCUUCAAACAUCAAACUGUUCACCGGAAAGAGUGCAGGUCCGGGUGAGCGCAGCUCGUCGGGUCUGUUGGAGUGGGAGUCCAUCAACGAUGCUAUGGAGGCCUUGUCUAUGAUAAACCAUUACCAGAUGAAGAACGCAACUGGACCGUACCCAUACACCCUCAAACUGUGCUUUUCUACUGCUCAGCAUGCUACCUAAACAGCCAAGAUCACCUAGAGGUUCCACAUCAAACCAGUGUCUCAACAGUCCUCACCCAGAUUUUGACCUUGUCUGUUUUAGGCAGUUUGUGAAUUUGUUUGCAGUCAUCGGUUUGUCCUUAUUCUUUGAUAUUGAACCAAUAAGCAAUGUGUGAACUGGUUACCUUCAGAAAAUUGGAUUGUUUUUAUGUCUGAUGAAUAAGGAAAAUGCUUUUUGUAUAAGUAUUAUUUUGCAUCUUUUAUUAUCCCAUGUUAAUUUUUUUUUUAAUUUGUAUUGUUGCCUGCGCAAAACGCCUGUCUGUAUUUAGAGGAAGUUUCUUUUGUUGUAAGAAAUAAAAGUCAAUUUCAAGUA